UGGCUUGGCCCAAAUUUGCCCCACAGUAAGUCACACAACCCUCACAGCUUCCCUUUCCUGUCUCUCUCUCUCUCAACCUCCUCUUUCACACAAAAAUGUAGAAGAUUUUAUGGUCCAGUCAGAGAAAAGAGCCUUCCAUACAUAGUUUGAAUGCAUUCAAAUGGUGGCUAGAUACUUCUGAACCAACCCCCUCAGCUUCCCUUCUCUCAUUUGUUUUUAUAAUUUCUACUAACCCAGGUAGAGUGUUGCCAACAACAUUCUGCUCACCUACCUCCUAAAAACCCUUUUUCCUUAGCUCAGUGUGACUUGUCGGUCUCUCUAUUUCUCUCCCUGAACGUUACAUAGGUUACAAUUCUUGUGGGGUCCAAAUACCCAUCACCAUUGUUGUCACCUUGACAAUGUGCUACUGGGUUUCAUCCAACAAACCCCCCACCAACCACACCCUUUCUCUUAUAAGCUUGGAUUUGCCUCAAAGUUUUAAUCUUUUGUGAGUUUUUUUGGGGAUUUUGGUGAUGGCUGUGAAGGGUGGCUCUAUCUGGAGUUGUGCUAAAACCCCUUAUUCUCAUCAGGGUAUUUCAGAUUUGAGGUCUAAUCGUUCUGGGUUGGGUUUGAAUUUGAGUUUGCGCAAAUGGGAAUGUUGCAGUUUGGGGGUUUCUUUGGCUCACAAAGCUAUCACCCCAGUUGAAGAUGAGAAGCCAAAUUUGCCAGCGAUGGAAUCCGCAGGAGCAAUUCAGAGGGUUGAGGAUAAUGAGUCUAAGGGUUUUCACAAGGAUAUGAACCUUCUUCCUAAACCAUUGACAGCAGCUGAUAUUUCUCCUUCGCCAGAUGAUGGUUCAAAAGUUAGAGUUGCUUAUCAGGGGUUACCGGGGGCAUAUAGUGAGGCUGCUGCCCUAAAAGCUUACCCGAAGUGUGAAACCGUUCCAUGUGAUCAGUUUGAAGCUGCAUUUAAGGCCGUUGAACUGUGGUUAGUGGAUAAAGCAGUUCUUCCUAUUGAGAAUUCUGUUGGUGGAAGCAUCCACCGUAAUUAUGACUUGCUUCUUCGCCAUAGAUUGCACAUAGUUGGAGAGGUACAACUUCUAGUGAACCAUUGUCUCUUGGGAUUGCCCGGUGUAAGGAAAGAGGAACUAAAACGUGUUCUAAGCCAUCCUCAGGCUCUUGCUCAAUGUGAGAUGACACUAAGCAGCUUAGGCAUCAUCCGAGUCAAUACCGAUGACACUGCUCUUGCUGCGCAGAUGGUGGCCUCAACUGGCCUAAAAGAUGCUGGUGCUGUUGCAAGUUCUCGAGCUGCAGAAAUCUAUGGGCUUCAGAUUCUUGCAGAUAAAGUUCAAGAUGAUGACGAUAAUAUUACUCGCUUUCUGAUACUCGCAAGAGAACCAAUAAUGCCAGGAACUGAGCGGCAAUAUAAGACAAGCGUUGUUUUCACUCUAGAAGAAGGUCCUGGUGUACUAUUCAAAGCCUUAGCAGUGUUUGCACUUAGGGGCAUUAAUUUGACAAAGAUUGAAAGUCGCCCCCAAAAACAACGUCCAUUAAGGGUUGUUGAUGAUUCUAAUGAAGGAAGUGCCAAGUAUUUCGAUUACCUCUUUUACAUUGACUUCGAAGCUUCUAUGGCAGAUCCCCGUGCCCAAAAUGCUUUGGGACAUUUGCAGGAAUUUGCAAGUUUUCUUCGUGUUCUUGGCUGCUACCCGAUGGACAUAAUUCCGUAGAAGAAGCACCAGACAAUGUUGUACAUAUUGGGAUCAGAAACUAGAAAAGAAAUCGUUAGGCCAAGUGAGGAGCUUCCAACAAGGAUAAAAUUCUCCAAAUUAGAAACUUCCUUUCAAAGCUUAAUUUCUUUUAAAAUCCUCAUCAUUCUUUCUAUCCUCUGAAUGGAGGUGUCAUGUUUGUGGAAUAUCAUUAUAUAUCCUAUAACAGAGGGAGCAAGCUUUGGCCUUGUGGUUUGUGAGUUUUAGUUUACUGAAACAAUAGUGGAGAUGGGUUUAAACUUUUAAUGCUUUUUUAAAAUAAGUGGAAUUUCUUGAAAAUUUACCUUGUGGACGCAGAAGGUUUUACUUGAUGAAAAUACUUUGUUCU